AGUAGCUUAGCAUGCUAUCUUUAGCAGCGUUUCUUCAGAGUUGGUCAUUGAGGUUCUGCUGUAAAUAUUUCUCUGUUCCAGCAAACAGAAACGUACCUUUAUGACGAUCUGCAGGUUAACACCGGGGCUAGCAGCUUAGAUUUAAACCUUUUUCUGUUGGACCUCAGCAGGUUCGGAACCAGUCAGGAUGUCCAGUGACCUCGCUGGCGUGUGGGAGGUAGCGCUGAGUGACGGAGUCCACAGGAUCGAGUUUGAACAUGGGACAACCACCGGGAAAAGAGUGAUCCUUGUGGACGGAAAGGAGGUUCUGAGGCGGGACUGGAUGUUUAAACUCGUCGGGAAGGAGACUUUCAACGUGGGCCAGUCAGACACCAAAGCCACCAUCAACAUUGAUGCGGUCAGCGGCUUCGCCUACGAGUACACGCUGGAGAUCAACGGGAAGAGCCUGAAGCAGUACAUGGAGAACAGAUCGAAGAUCACCAGCACCUGGCUGCUCAACCUGGACGGGAUUGACUGCAGAGUGGUUCUGGAGAAAGACACCAUGGAUGUGUGGUGUAAUGGAGAGAAGAUUGAGACUGCAGGGGAGUUUGUGGACGACGGCACGGAGACACAUUUCACGCUGGGAGACCACAACUGCUGCGUGAAAGCUGUGAGCAGCGGGAAGAGACGAGACGGCAUCAUUCACACUCUGCUUGUAGACGGCACAGAGAUCGCUGAAUGCACCGAGUGAAUUUUAUUCCUGACUUGGUUUUUGUCAGGAAGCAGACUGUAAAGAUUUCCUUAAAAAGGUUGGAAGGCAGCAGUUUGUGGACGUCCACACUGUGCAGAUAUAAUAGCCAUACUGUCUGUGUAGUGACAGGACAGGAGCUGCAGUCUGAGCAGAUAGAAAUGUCAAUCAUAAGAUUUACUGUCUCUAAAGGUUUACAUUAAUAUUAAGAGAUUUUUUAGGCCUAAAGAUGUAAUUUAUAAGUUAGAAAUACUGUCCAUUCUCUGUCGUUGAACACCUACUGUCUGGUGUCAUUCUGAUGGAAACAGAACCUUCUUCCGGACUUCCAUCCUCUGUGGUUUAAUGUUGUAUUGUGGGCUAUUGAUGUACCCGAAUGAAUAUUUCUCUGCCUGUUUUCUCUGCUUGGAAUCUUCUCCAUUUAUCGGGCCAAUCAGUUGCUUCAGGCAGAGGUAAAAAGCUGCUGUGGUGUCUGAAGAAAAUGAGGCUCCAUCUUGUCCUGCUGACCGCUCCAACCGUUUUACACAAUCAUUCGGAUUCAUUAGUCAAUGCUGACCAUAGAAAACUACAUACACCACACCUGUUAACUGGGUGGAGACUUCCUGUUUGUCCUUGAAGAACUGUGAACUGUAUGUGGGCUGUUAUGUUGUGGCUGUUUCAGUUAAACCUUUUCUGUAUAUUUAUAGAGAAACUGGGUGAAUACUCAAAGCUUUUGUGUUAGAACUGUCUGAAUGUUUAAGUUAAUGUCACUGGAGCAGAGGUCCAAUUAAAGGUCAAAUCCUGUUCUUUCUGA